GGGCGGCGCGGGGACGGGCUCCGCCGGCGGCUGCGGAGCCCGAGCAGCGGCAGGAGGAAGAUGGUGGAGCUGGGGCCGGCGCUGGAGGCAGCAGCAGCAGCAGCCGCCGCCGAAGUGCCGGCGUGUGCCCAGGCUCGCGGCUCCCGCCUGCAGCCGCCCUGCCCCACCGCGGCCUGCUGAAGCGGCCCGCCAACCCGGUGGGAGAACCUGUAUAAGAAAACUUAUGCGACUUACCCAGGAUCCGUGAGGGAACAGAACUUGAGGGUGCCUGGCUCCUACUCCUAUGCUCAGACCAUGUGUAUCUGUCUACUUACAAAUGUAGUGAAAAUCUUUAGAUAUUUCAGAUUGAUGCAGAAGUGACCAAAUAAAUCACCAAUGCAUUCAGUCUCAGUAGACAAGAUGUCAAUAGAAUAAGUGGCCUAUAUUCCAGACCUUGCCAUGAACCAUUUGGUGGGACCACCUGAGGGGGAGGUGAAUGAAGAGCCAGCAAACGUAGAGGUGAAUGAGUCAGUGGAGGCUGACCUAGAGCAUUCUGAGGUAGAGGAGGAACAGCAGUAUGCAACUCAUUACCCAAGGCAUACCAAUAGCAGCCAAGGAGGACAGUCUGGGCAGGAGGAGGAAGGAAUGCUAGCUCGAUCAGCCAGCACUGAGAGUGGCUUCCACAAUCACACAGAUACAGCCGAAGGGGAUAUCAUAGCCACAGCAGAGGACAGCUAUGACAUUGAUAGAGUUCAGGAGAAUGAGGAUGAGACCGCCUAUGCAGUACAGUAUAGACCAGAGUCUGAGGAGUACACGGAAAAUGCUGAGGCUGAGCAUGCCGAGUCCAUUCAUAACCGAACUCUUCCAAACCGCUUACACUUUCACGCCAUUGAACAUGAGGAAGCCAUGAAUGCAGCCUAUUCAGGGUAUGUCUACACUCACCGGCUCUUCCACCGAGGGGAAGAUGAGCAGUAUGCUGAGCCUUAUGCCGACUAUGGACUGCAGGAGCAUGUGUAUGAGGAGAUAGGAGAUGCACCUGACCUGGAUGUCAGGGAGGGUCUCCGGCUUUACGAGCAGGAAAGGGAGGAAGCAGACAACUAUCGCAAGGAAGCUCUUGGUGCACGCCUUCACCACUAUGAUGAACGGUCUGAUGGAGAGUCUGACAGCCCUGAGAAGGAGGCAGAAUUUGCUCCCUAUCCACGGAUGGACAGUUACGAACAAGAAGAAGAUAUUGAUCAAAUUGUAGCUGAGGUCAAACAGAGCAUGAGCUCUCAGAGCCUGGACAAGGCUGCUGAAGACAUGCCAGAAUCAGAGCAGAACUUGGAACGUGCCCAGACACCCAGUGGCGGGGGGCAUGAGAGUAAUGGCCAGCUCCCAACUGGCCCUAGGCCUGUAGUCAGCUCAGGAGAGUCAGUGCAGAGAUAUAGCAAGGAAAAAAGGGAUGCAAUAUCAUUGGCCAUCAAAGACAUUAAAGAGGCUAUUGAGGAAGUGAAGACAAGGACCAUUCGUUCUCCUUAUACGCCUGAUGAACCAAAAGAACCCAUAUGGGUGAUGAGACAGGACAUCAGCCCAACCAGGGACUGUGAUGAUCAGAGGCCACUAGAUGGAGAUUCUCCAUCUCCUGAUUCCUCUUCUCCCCGCGGCGCUGAAUCGUCAAGUAGGCAACAUCAUCAAGAUGUCUGCAGCACAGCAGAACCAUCCACAAAUAAAGAGUCAAGAAAAAGCUUGGCUUCAUUCCCAACUUAUGUUGAAGUACCUGGACCCUGUGAUCCUGAAGACUUAAUUGAUGGAAUCAUUUUUGCUGCCAAUUACCUUGGCUCCACUCAGCUUCUGUCUGACAAAACUCCCUCUAAGAAUGUGCGAAUGAUGCAGGCACAGGAAGCUGUCAGCAGAAUCAAGAUGGCCCAGAAAUUAGCCAAAAGCAGGAAGAAGGCACCAGAAGGUGAAUCUCAACCAAUGACUGAAGUGGACCUCUUCAUCUCGACACAGAGAAUAAAAGUAUUGAAUGCAGACACACAGGAAACUAUGAUGGAUCAUCCUUUGAGGACUAUUUCCUACAUAGCAGAUAUUGGGAAUAUUGUUGUACUGAUGGCCCGUAGGCGAAUGCCACGAUCUAAUUCCCAGGACAAUGUGGAGGCAUCUCACCCUUCCCAGGAUGGAAAGAGGCAAUACAAAAUGAUUUGCCAUGUCUUUGAAUCCGAGGAUGCGCAACUGAUUGCUCAGUCCAUAGGCCAAGCAUUUAGCGUGGCCUACCAGGAAUUUCUGAGAGCAAAUGGAAUAAAUCCAGAAGACCUAAGCCAGAAGGAGUACAGUGACCUGCUCAAUACCCAGGACAUGUACAACGAUGACCUGAUCCAUUUUUCCAAGUCUGAAAACUGCAAAGAUGUCUACAUUGAAAAGCAGAAGGGAGAAAUUCUAGGUGUGGUGAUUGUGGAGUCUGGCUGGGGAUCCAUCUUACCCACAGUUAUUAUAGCCAACAUGAUGCAUGGAGGACCAGCAGAGAAGUCUGGAAAGCUAAAUAUAGGAGACCAGAUCAUGUCAAUUAAUGGUACCAGCUUGGUGGGCUUACCUCUGUCAACAUGCCAGAGCAUUAUAAAGGGUUUGAAAAACCAGUCCCGGGUUAAGCUGAACAUAGUAAGAUGUCCUCCAGUAACCACUGUCUUGAUCAGGAGGCCUGACCUCAGAUACCAGUUGGGUUUCAGUGUACAAAAUGGUAUUAUCUGUAGCCUUAUGAGAGGAGGCAUAGCAGAGCGAGGAGGAGUCCGAGUGGGUCAUCGGAUCAUUGAAAUCAAUGGACAAAGUGUUGUAGCAACGCCCCAUGAGAAAAUCGUUCACAUUCUCUCCAAUGCAGUUGGUGAGAUUCACAUGAAGACCAUGCCAGCUGCCAUGUACAGACUGUUGACUGCACAGGAGCAGCCAGUUUACAUCUAAGGCCCAUACCUCAUCUUCACAAUGUGCAUGGAGGAUGUUGUUCCUCACUAGUGGUUGUGUUUCUAGUGCUGCAUUUCUGUGUCUCCAGAGACAUCUCUCUCUCUCUCUCUCUCUCUCCAACAUUUUGUUGUGUCCAGGAAAAACAAUAUCCAUGAGACGUUUUUUGUUGCAUCUCUUUAUGAGUAAAGCUUUAUGUAAUUCCUCACAGAAUAGAACAAUAACAACUAAGGACUGACUACACUGCUUCAAUACAUGAGCAAUUAUAUUUCUAUGGCCGUACUUUGAUGAUUAAGUACGUUCAGUGUUACUAAGUUAGAAAGCUCGCUUUACCAAACAAAUCAAAUCAUAGGGUAAAGUUUUCCUCUUGGACUCCGCAUAGAUGAUUUUGAUUCACACUGUUAUCCCUGUAUGUGCUGCAUUUAACAUUAGCAGCAACAAGCUUAGUGCAUAUAGGGAGAACAGAAAACCAGGAGGAAAUUUUUGCCUUAAAUGAAGAGUUAAUUGCCUGUGAAGAAUGAGUGAGUGACUAAAUGAGGAUGUGACAAAUUCAUCUUUCAAAUACACAUCUUUUAUUUUCUUUUAUCUUCAUUCUUCAGGAUAAAAUGACCACAAAGGUGGUUUAUAAGUUGCUGAAAGAUGUAAGAGUUGCUUUGCCCACACUAGGAAGUACUGGAGAUGCACUUUCACUGUUUGGUCCCAAAAGUAUCUGAGCCUUCAGCUCUAACCCCUCCAAAAAUGCCUUUGUGUUUAAGUAUAGCAUGUCUUUAGCAUCGCCUUCCCCUUCAAUUUCAGAUAUUAAGAAUAGAGGAAGUGAUCUAUUAAUAUCCAGCUAUAUUUUGGGGGGCUUACAUUGAAAAUCUAAAUUGAAUUUCUUAUUGGCAUACACGGGAGCAUGUGUUGUGGUUGGUGUAUCUACAUUUUUAAGAUGUGUGUACUUGAUUUUUAUAAAGUUUAAAAGAAUAGGUCUGCACAUAGUUCUAAGUAGUUUUGCUACUCUACGUCAGUUUUAACAUAUCUUUGGUCCAAAGACUGUCUUAUUUUAACAACGUUUUUCUCUGAGUCAUGACCUAGGUAACAGUGGGGGGGAGAUAGUGGGGAGGGAGUGGGGUGAAAUUAAUUUAUUUUGUAAUUUAUAUACAAGUUAAUUUUAGGUUCUCUACAUGUAUGACACUUAAUGGGUAUGCGUAUGUACUAUAUGCACUUGUACAAAGAAGAAAUGUUGUAGUAGGGCUGCAUGAAGCCAAGGAUUUGAGUGGUUACUAACUUUUGUGUUUGGGGGGGAGGGCGUAAAAGAACAAGACGGAGCAACUCUUUUUCCUCCAAAAGAAGAGAACUCCCUUCUAUGUAGCUAUGUUCCAUUAGAGCUAUGUAGGAACAUUUUACAAUCAAAUAGAACCAGAAAUGUAAACCGAUCUAAUGCCUUGAAUUUAAAGCUCCGUUUUUGCUACGUCUUAUGCAAAGACUUCAUGUGAUAAAAUCACAGGACCCAGAAAAAAAAUCCCAUUCUUCUUUUUUGUGUGUGGGAUGAUGGUCACAACCAUUUAUUUCUCAUUUAAUGAAGGAUGGACUGUGCAAUAUAAGCAACAUGGUUAUAGACUGGAAAUGACAUUGAGAAUUGUCUCCAGCAAUUUUAUGGGUAUAUAUAAAUAUACAAAGGUGUGAAUUUCUGAUAGGUGAGCCAUGAAAACUGCCUUUAUUUGAUCAGUUGGUUACCAUCUAUUGUCAGAAGUCCAAAACAAUGGGAUGAGUGAAGAAAAAAUAGCUUUUCAAUUUCAAGUGGCAGUAAAAAUAUUCAAGGGAGCUAUUGGAAUGGUGCAUAAACUAUUGUAGUAAGUAAAUAUGUUUUUCUGUAAAAGUACAUGUGUAUAAUAAUUUGAUUUACUGCGUUUUUUCUUAUUAUAUCAUUUAAUCCCAAUCUCUGGAAAAGCAAAGUUCACAAGAGAAUGGUAUUGAUAUUCCUGGUUAGUAUAUACCUCUGCCAUCAGACUCAUACAGCUAGAUUGUGAAUGAUAUAGAGUUACAAUUUUAGGCAUCUGGUUUAUGAGGAUCAUAUAAACAACAUUUUUCAUAAUUUCCCAUAUAUAUAGUAAUAUAUGUAAAUAUGAUAUAUACCAUGUAUAAUUUAGAUGAUUAUAUACAGUGCAGCCUUUCCAUAAAUUGGUUAAGUGAAAAGCUACUCUUAAAGGCAUAGAUACCCCAUUCUUAAGUCCCAGCCAUGUUAACCCUUGCUAAUUUGUCAUUUGCGAGUCUGUCCAACCCAGAACAAUAACAAUGGAGGUCCCACUGGAGGAUCUUUCUAUUGACUCAGUAAACAAAAGUACCUCAGUAAACAUAUGGCUGAAACAAUGAACGAUUUCUAAAAUCCAAAGCCCCUGUCUUAAAAACAUACAUUUAUCUCGAACCACCCAAGUAAACCAUUGAUACUACACAUUCAUACUACACGUGUAGUAUGCUCAUUCAUACUACAUAUGUGAGUCAAGUUAAGCAGGUGAGUGUUUGCAGGGUUUAAUCCUAGUGUAGAAUUUCAGUUGUUCUGUUACAAUAGGCUUUGUUAAGAUUCUAACAAAAAGAGAUGCAUGCACUCCCAGCUAUAGUCUUGGAAGCAAACAGUUUUGGUUUGCAAAGGGAAAGACUGUUUCAAGAAAAAAUAUGAACUCAAAAGGGACAGAUGAAACUACUCAAGUAUAUUUUUCCACUGAUAUUUAAAAGAUACUAUGCUCCAGUUCUAAGUGUUAUUGGUGAGUGAAAUUCUCCCUGGUUCAAAGGAAAACUCUUCCAUUUUACAGUCCCUCUUUUCUGAGAAAGGUCUGCAAAGUUGUCCCUUCCUUGCUCGCUACACAAUUCCUAACUCGUCAGUGUUUACAAUAAGGAUGGAACGUCUUUUUUUACUUUUAUUAGCAAGUUUCACAAUUGUUUGUCUGAAUCUUGGUUAUUAUUUAAGGCUUGGCUAGCAUUUCUUGAGUGCAGUAUUUUGGUUUGGUUUUGUUGGGGUUUUUUAUUUUUCUAAAUGAAACGAGUUUAUGAAGAUGGCAGCGUGGGUGAGAUCUCUUGUAUAUAUUUAGCACAGUACCUAGAAUAUGAAGUUGUACUAUUGUUCUGUAAAGAGGGUGAAUAGAAAUUAUUGUAAAGCGUUGGGAAAAGUAUAGUAUUGUAUUUGUAACAAUAUUGUUCUUUGUAAACACUAAACUCAAUGAUCUCUAUAUAUAAAUAUAAAUAUAUAUAUAUAAUAUAUGUGAGCCUGGAACGUUGAUACUGCACAUCUACUGAAUGUAAUUCCUCUGACUUUUUUUGUCACAGGUCUCUGACCCUCUCUCUGUAAUGCAGCUGCAGUGGUUUGACUGACUCUUUAUUUUUAUUUUAUUUUUUUAUUUUGGAGGGUUUGAUUUUUGGGGGUUUUGCCAGUUAUUUUGUUGUGAUGUGUUUACUGUGCUACAUUUGUUUUAUUUAACAGAGCGCCAAUGUCUGUAAGAUUUGUAACAAUAAAAUAUAAGACAAAAUCAA